GGAGAAUAAUGGAUUAUGCCAAAUUUUGAGUCUUUAUAUUUGCUUGUACGCUGUAUACCGGGGCGUAUUUUAGUGUUAUAUGCCACUGUUACCCACCGCGUAAACCCCACUCUCUUCAACCCCCACAAGCAGGCGGCGGAUCACCGGAAAAUGGGUUUCCGGCGAUCGCACUUAAUUAUUUUUCUUUUCCUCUUCCUCAUUUUGUUCCCGUCUAAUUCUUCCUCCUUUCACUUCCCCAAGAGACAUAAGCACAAAAUUGAUGGCCCCAUCAAAACGAUUGUAGUACUGGUAAUGGAAAAUCGCUCCUUUGAUCACAUGCUUGGAUGGUUGAAAAGCAGCCGUCCAGAUAUCGAUGGUCUUAGCGGAUCAGAAUUCAACCGGGUCAACGCCUCCGACUCCGGCUCUACUCCUGUAUACGUUUCAGACGACGCAUUUUUUAUUGCGUCGGACCCGGGUCACUCAAUUCAAGCUAUCCGGGAACAGAUAUUUGGGUCAAAGGACACGUCGGCAAACCCGGCGCCGAUGAACGGUUUUGUGCAGCAGGCAAAGGCUAUGGGGGUUGAUGGAAUGUCCAAAACCGUUAUGAGUGGGUUCAAACCAGAUCUGGUACCGGUUUAUACUGAGUUGGUGAACGAGUUCGCAGUCAUGGAUAGGUGGUUUGCCUCGGUGCCUGCUUCGACUCAGCCCAACCGUUUCUACGUCCACUCCGCCACCUCCCACGGCGCCUCAAGUAACGUUAGGAAAGAUCUUAUCCAUGGAUUUCCGCAAAAGACUAUUUUUGACUCAUUAGAUGAAAAUGAUCUAACUUUUGGGAUUUAUUAUCAAAAUAUACCUGCUACUCUUUUCUUCAAAAGCUUGAGAAAGCUCAAGCACAUAUUGAAAUUCCAUAGUUAUGCGUUAAAAUUCAAAUCGCACGCCAAGAGGGGGAAGCUCCCCAACUACGUUGUGAUCGAGCAACGGUACUUUGAUAUCAGUCUAUUCCCAGCAAACGAUGAUCAUCCAUCGCACGAUGUAGCACGAGGACAGAAGUUUGUGAAGGAGGUUUAUGAGACGCUUAGGGCGAGUCCACAGUGGAAGGAGAUGGCUCUUUUGAUCACUUAUGAUGAGCAUGGCGGGUUUUACGAUCAUGUGCCCACGCCGGUUUCUGGGGUUCCCAACCCCGACGGGAUAAUCGGACCUCCUCCCUACUAUUUCAACUUUGAGAGGCUUGGCGUGCGCGUACCCACUCUAUUGAUUUCUCCCUGGGUUGACAAGGGAACUGUGAUCCAUGAACCAAGUGGACCAACUCCGUCUUCUCAAUAUGAACACUCUUCAAUACCUGCAACUGUGAAGAAGCUUUUCAAUCUUAAAUCAAAUUUCUUGACUAAAAGAGAUGCAUGGGCCGGUACCUUUGAGAAGUACUUCAACUUGCGUGAUACUCCACGUGAUGACUGUCCAGAGAAGCUCCCGGAGGUUAAGACAUCAUUAAGGCUAGGGGGACCAAAGGAAGAUGAGAAACUAAGCGAAUUUCAAAUUGAACUGAUUCAACUUGCAUCACAGCUCAAUGGUGACCAUGUCCUCAACUCCUAUCCUCAUAUCGGGAAAAUGAUGACAGUGAGGGAGGCCAAUCGCUAUGCCGAGGAUGCGGUUGAAAGGUUCUUGGAAGCUGGAAGGACAGCUUUGAUGGCUGGAGCAAACGAGUCUGCUAUUGUUACCAUGAGACCCUCCCUUUCUACACGAACCUCAGGAGAUGAGCCAAGCGGCAAAUAUGAAGCCUACUGAUAUAUUUCUAUUAUUCGUGUACAUGAUUGUUGGACACUCAUUGUAUAUGUACGUAUGCUGUUUUAAUACACAAGGGUAAGGAACUAAAUGGAUUAUCAAGAAUAUAUAUGUAAUAGAUAUAUGCAUGUAAUCGAUUUAAACCCUCGACUUUGUUUUUAACUUUUUCUUUCAUUUCCA